GCAGCGGGGACCGCCCCGGGGCGGUGCCGCGCAGGAGCGGUGGGAGCGCGGCGGCGGCUCCGGGGCGAUGGAGGGCGGCGGCGGCGGCGGCGCGUACGGGGCGGCCAAGGCCGGGGGGGCCUUCGACCUGGCCCGCUUCGUGCAGCAGCCGCAGGUCCUGGCGCGGAUCGCCAGCGCGGUCUUCGCCCUGAUCGUCUUCGCCUGCCUGGUCGGGGAGGGCUACACCAACCUGCCCAGCUCCCCCCAGCUCUUCUGCAUCUUCAACCACAACGAGGACGCCUGCCGCUACGGCAUCGGCAUCGGCGUCCUCGCCUUCCUCGCCUGCAUCUUCUUCUUCGUGGUGGACGUCUACUUCCCCCGGAUCAGCAACACCACCGACCGCAAGUACCUGGUCCUGGCCGACCUCGGCUUCUCAGGUCUCUGGACGUUCCUGUGGUUCAUUGGCUUUUGUUUCUUGACCAACCAGUGGGCCUGGACGCAGGCUAAGGACGUGCACGUCGGGGCUGACUCGGCCCGCGCCGCCAUCACCUUCAGUUUCUUCUCCAUCUUCUCCUGGGGCCUCCUGAUCGCCUUCGCUUACAAGAGGUACAAAAUGGGGGUGGAGGACUUUGCUCACAGCUAUGUCGACCCCACCCCGGAGGUUUCGACUCCCUACUCCAGUUACCCCAACAUCAGCCACGAGAGCUACCAGCAGCCGCCCUUCACCCACACGGCAGAAGCCCCGGAGGGGUACCAGCCCCCGCCGGUGUACUGAGCCCCGGCCCGGCGGGGACGGCUGUACCAGUGCAAUUUUCUGUGGGGUGGGAGGGGAGGGACCUGCGCCGUGAAGCAAGGUGGGGUGGGGGGGGGGGGUGGCGGCUGCUUUGUGUGAAGGCCACCGGGCCUCGGUGCUGGGGCGCAGGAAGGGCCUGAUCCUGCUGCUGGGACCCAGAGCCCGGCCUGUGGUGGGUGAUUCGGGUGAUUUGCAACUGCUGAGUGCAGCUUGGGGGGGGGUGUAGGGGGUGGGGGGGUGUGGGUGUAGGUAGAGGGGGGGCGGGGGGCUGCCCUGAGGCUGAGCUCCUGCCCUGGGGGGGAAGCAGGGGGGUGGGUGUGUGGGUCACACCCCCCAGCUCUGCCCUGCCCAGGGGCACUGGUGCCUUCCCAGCCCCCGGCUGCGACCCCUCGAGUGCCAGCUCUCGCUGCCAUAGCACAAGCCAACCGGUCCAGCACCUGCCCGCUGCCGGCUUCCCGUGCCUUCCCCCGCGGCUGCUGCUGGGUGAAUUUGAUGCCAAAGCCCUGUCUUCUCUCGCCUGUGAACUCCCGUGCUGUGCCUUCCCCCAGCCGGUGCGCGGGUGACGCGGUGCGGGAGCGCUGGGCUCUCUCUGCGGGGCCACAGCUGCUCCAGGUGCCCGAGGAAGGGCCGGGAGCGCUUUCCCUGCCGACUGGGUGCUCAGCCCCCUCGCUCACCCCUGCCAAAGCGACACCGUCCUGCGCCUGGCUGACGCCGCGGUGCCGCUCGGCGCCUGUGCGGGCCGGCUGUCUCAGGUUAUGUUUUCUGCUGCGGCUGUUGUGAAGCUGUUCCCAGCAGCAGCGUGCGCUAUGGGUGAGCUGUCGCUGCUGGGCCAGGCCUUCAAAUAGUUGUUUGUCACUGUAGAGAUGGAAUAAAGUUUUUCACCUAGCCA